AUGCAGAAUAAUCCAUCUGUUGUUUUAAGAGGUACAAAAGACAUAGUCUUUGAGAACAGGCCAGUCCCCCACCUCAAAGACCCUCAUUAUGUUAAAAUUGCUAUCAAGAAAACCGGAAUAUGCGGCUCUGACUUUGCAUACUAUGCCACGGGUGUCUGUGGCUCAUUUAAGAUGGAAAAGCCAAUGGUUUUGGGUCACGAAUCUAGUGGAGUUAUUACUGAGGUUGGAUCCGCAGUUAAAUCACUAAAGGUGGGCGACAGGGUGGCAUGUGAGCCAGGUGUUCCUUCCAGAUAUUCAUAUGAAUACAAGUCCGGACACUACACCUUUGUCCCAACUCCACCAUACGAUGGGACUCUUUGUCGUUACUAUGUCUUGCCUGAAGAUUUCUGUGUCAAACUUCCUGACACAGUUAGUUUUGAGGAGGGUGCUCUUGUUGAGCCCCUUUCGGUUGCAGUGCAUGCAAACAGAAGGGCUGAAGUUCAUUGUGGUGACAGACUCCUUGUUAUGGGAGCUGGUCCAGUGGGAUUGUUUAUUGCCGGUGUUGGUAGAGCGUUUGGUGCAAUGAAAGUAAUAAUUGUCGACCGAGUUCAGCCCCGGCUUGAGUUUGCAGUGAAGAAUGGAUUUGUAACUGACUAUUACAAUUCAGAUAACAAGUCCACCGAAGAUUUGGCAAAGUACAUUAACCAGAAAUGGGAUGGUGAGUCUCCAACAGUUGCAAUUGAUGCUACAGGUGCUCCAGUCUGCAUCAGAACAGCUUUACAAGUGAUCUGUAAAGGUGGAAGAUAUGUUCAGGUUGGAAAUGGCAAGACCACAUUGGACAAGUUCCCAAUUGCAAGAAUAUCCGAAAACGAAAUUAAUGUCCGUGGUAGCUUCAGAUACGGUGUUAACGACUAUAAAACAGCUGUCGGCUUAAUUGCAACCAAGAAAAUAAAUGUGAAGCCAUUGAUAACGCAUCGGUUCAGCUUUGAACAUGCCGCUGAAGCAUACGAGUUCUUCACUCAACAUAAGGCUAUUAAAAUUAUGAUUUCCGGUCCUUCUAGCUUGAAGAGUAAGCUAUGA